AUGAAAAUCAUGAGAGCUAUGGGAACAUUUAUCCCUAAUAAAUCACACAAAUUUCCAAAGGACGGAAAAUUGCUGAUUUUUUCGACAGAUUUGUUUAAAACGAUGAACUUUUUCACUGGUGUUGGAGUAUUAGGACAGAUAGGAAGUUUAGCUUAUUUUCAGUUGGUGAAUCCAUCUUAUUUUUCUAUAGCUAUAUUUGGGAUAAGUUUAUGAGGCAGCAUUUGGUCUUGAAGAGAGGCAAAUUAUGCGGUGGAAGAUGUUAAACUUUUAACGGAUGGAAAAAUAAUUGAAAUAAGAACAUGCAGCUUUAGAAAGAAGUAUAAAAUCAUAUAUUUGCCAAUUAUUGAUAUUAAAGGAAGCCAAGAUAAAGGCUAUUAUUAUCUCUUUCAUAAUAAGUGUCGAUAUUGGUUGGAUAAUAGUGGAACUAUAUUCCACAAAGAUUUAUUUGACGCAAUACUUAAAGGAUCAGAAAUUAGCACAACACUAUUCAUUAAAGAAUUUAGGAAUUACUAA